UGCGCCCGUCUCAUUGAAUCAUUGCUGGUGUGCACGUUGCGGUGAUCGCUUGUUGGAAAUUUCAGUGGCGCGUCACGUGACGAUUGGAAAUUUUACGAAAUACGAAAGUCGAAAAACGCAAAACGAAGCAGAAAUUCGGGCAGUAAAACGUAAGCAUUGUUGAAUGGUACUAAAAAUAUUGACAACGCAUACCUGCAAUAGAUUUUAUGUGUUUGUAUGUGAGUGUGGUGAUUUGCUUACGAAAUCAUGCAAAAGUGCAGUUAUAUACGUGUGUUGAAACACCUGUGAAUAUAAGGCAUAGUGUGCAAAGAUAUUUAAAAAUUGGAAAAUUGAAAAAAUUUAGUUAAAUUGGAAUAAAGGAAUUCGUGCAAAUACAGUAAUUUGUAAAAAAUUCCAAAAUUUUGGUGAAAAAAUAGAAAUAAUUCGUUUUGCUAAAAAGCGCUUACAAAUUAUAAAAACGGCAACCAUGCGGAAUAUGGGACGCCUAUUUCAAUACAAUCGCUUCGUUGGGAGUGAGGAAGCGGCGGUGGAUAACACAAAGGAUACACAAACAACAGGAGUCUGGAAAAAUAAUAAGCCACAACAGCAAUUUGGCGCAAAUUGUCCAGCGUACGCUGAAUUAUAUCCGGCUUACGCUUGCACCGCCAGCAUGGAAGUAGCAGAAACGCCUACAGUGGCAACAACAACAGCAACAACGAUGCCAACAACGAUGACAAGUCGCAGCCUAGACUUGGCCUUGCGCAAAUAUCAACAAUGGAGCAGCAAGUUUCUGCCAACCACCACCACCACCAACAACAACAACAACAACAACAGCAGCAACACAAUGCCUGUGUUGGCAACAGAAAAACACGCAACAACAAUGGCAACAAUGCCGGUUGCAACAAAUGCUGACUGUGUCACUCACUUGUCAACGUCUUCAUCAUCACAAAAAUCCAAUUCGUGCUCGCACUCCUGCUCCUACAGCACCACCACCAACACUUCGGGCUACUACAGUCGGCUGACGCUGGUGGGCAACGCGUCCGACUUGCAGCAGCCGCAUGGUGAGCUGCAACAACAGCCUUGCUGGGGUGCUGCGGGCGGGGAUCGCGAGUUGCUCGUUAGUGCCGGCAAAAGACCAAAAGUGUACGAUUGCAUGAAGGACUUUUUGCGGCGGAAACUCUUUCAGCAACGACAUGGACAACAACAACAGCAGCAUCAACAGCGAACACGAGAACAACAGGGAGGCGCGCAGAUGGCGGCAACACUUUGCAAAAGCGACACCGAGGAGGAUGUCACCAGUGAUUAUGAUGAGGUUGACAUGUUGGAUUCCUCAUACAACGCCGAUGAGGAGGACGCCAGUGAUUGCAGCAGCCAGUGCACUUGCCCAUUAGAGAGUGACGUCGAGGAAACGCCGCCACAACAACAAUUCGCAUGCACUGAACAACAACAAAAACACGGCUGCACACCACAAAAAUCGAUUAGUCCGCAAAAAUCGAUGCUCUCGCUGAACUGCUGGCAAAACAUUACACAGUACACAGAUUCCACCACAGAACCGGAAGAGGAUGAGGAUGUGCAGUGCGAAUGGGGCGUCGAGGAUGCUGAUUAUCAACAUGUCGCCGAAGAUUCGGAUGCUGGCAUCUCCGAUUGCUGUCAGUUGAUAAGCGAAAAAUCGAGUCCGACUAAACAACGCAAACGACAGCUGAAACAACAACAAAAGCUACAACAAAAACCAAAGCAAAAGUUCCGCUACAACCGCAACUCCGACGAUGGCAGUGAGGAGGCCGAGCUGCUCGCCAGCAGUUGGUAUCAACCGCGCAUCACCACCAAAGCCGCGCUUGAGCGCCUGCAACAGGCGCCGCCCGGCACCUUCCUGCUACGCCGCAAAUCACGCAGCUACGAGCUGUGUCUGCGCGUCGAAACGAAGGUGAAGCACUUCGUCGUCGUGUCGCUGGCGGACAACCAUUACAAGCUGAAAGGCGCCAAGAAGCAAUUUACAUCGUUAAAGGCAUUGGUCACGCAUCAUUCCGUUAUGGCGGAACAAUUACCGUUGACUUUGGCAUUGCCGCGCGAGUACGAGUGCAAAGGCAGCAAGGCGUACGGCGUCAGCGCCAAGUGGACUGCCAGCGAGGCGUUCGAUGUUAGCAAGCAGACCUUGCGAUCCUUACGUUACGCUGAUGACUUCGAUACGUAUGAGUCGUUGCAAAUUUUGGGUUUAUUGCAAGAUUGGCAGUGCGAAGCGAAUGAAUUCUAAGAGACUCAAUUUGGAGCAAUGAAAUGGCGACGGCGUGGCGGCGAAGAGCAGCUUGAGCUAUUUAGCGUUGUUAGUGCGCUGUAUGGUCGCAAUUAUUACGUGGUAUCGCGGAUAGGCGUKUGUAAUGUAAAUAGAAAUUUAAGCUUUUGUGUAAUAUAGUACGCGAGGAGAGCUUGUGUUGGAAGUAAUGCGRAGUUAAAGAGCAACGAAUUUUAUUAAGUAGAUUUAAGCGUUCGUGUUAUUAAAUUUAUAAGUAGAAAUGGAAAUGUUAAUAAAUUUAAAGAUAAAUACAAA